AUGCAGGAGACUCAGGUUGGAUUCCUGGAUUGGGAAGAUCCCCUGAAGAAGGAAAUGACAGCCCCCUCCAGUAUUCUUGCUUGGGGAAUGCCGUGGACAGAGGAGCCUGGUGGGCUACAGUCCGUGGGGUCAGAGAAGAGUCAAGCACGGUUUAAUGACUACAUAACAACAAGGGGGCAGCUGUCACUCGUUAUCUCCUGUGAGUCACUCCAUGCCUUGGGAGGGCAGAGGGUAUUCCCAUUAACCAGGGGAGAAAACAAGAUCACGUCCUGGCCAGUCAGGCUGGGCCAGGACCCGACUCCCUUGGCCCUUCGUCCUCUGCUUGUUCGGUGA